CGGAAAGUUGUCCGAAAUCCUCACGAGCAGGUCCGAGCACGAGGGGGGCGAAUCCUUAGAAAUAAAAGAGACAGCCGCGGAUCUUUUUUGGGGGACUUUUGUGUGUGUUUUUCCCGCCACGGACUGAGAUCUGUAACCUGUUAGCCCUCCAUCUUUAAAGCUCCAUCAGCUCUGCUGUGAACACUGACGGCAUGUCGACGCAUUUCAGGAGCGGACCAGCCUUCGGGCUCUCUGCAGAGGUCAAGAGUAAGCUGGCUGGGAAGUACGACCCCCAGAAGGAAGAGGAGCUGAGGCUCUGGAUCCAGGACGUGACGGGCAAAAAGAUGGGGGACAACUUCAUGGAGGGUCUGAAGGACGGAGUCCUGCUGUGCGAACUCAUUAAUGUGCUCCAGCCCGGCUCGGUGAAGAAGAUCAACCGCUCGAGCCAGAACUGGCACCAGCUGGAGAACAUCGGCAACUUUGUCCGGGCGAUCACCGAGUACGGCCUGAGGCUACCGGACAUCUUCGAGGCCAACGACCUGUUUGAGAACGCCAACCACACGCAGGUCCAGUCCACGCUCAUGGCUCUGGCUGGCAUGGCCAAGUCUAAAGGUUUCUACUCUAAGUACGAUCUAGGAGUGAAGUACGCUGAGAAGCAGCAUCGCCGCUUUGCCCCGGAGAAGCUCAGGGAGGGUCGUAACAUCAUCGGCCUGCAGAUGGGAACCAACAAGCUCGCCAGCCAAAAGGGCAUGACUUCUUACGGCACACGACGCCAUCUGUAUGAUUCCAAGAUGGCGAUGGAGACUCCUCUGGACCAAUCAACUAUCAGCCUUCAGAUGGGCACCAACAAGGGAGCCAGCCAGGCUGGCAUGACGGCCCCGGGGACCAGGAGGCACAUCUUUGACAGCAAGCUGGACCUGGAGACCUGCGACACCACCACCAUCUCCCUGCAGAUGGGAACCAACAAGCGUGCGUCCCAGCGGGGCAUGACCACCUAUGGCCUGCCGCGCCAGGUCUACGACAACAAGUACUGCACCAACCCCACCGAGACCUUCAACAACGGCAGCGAGGCCGAGUUCGACGGCUACAACCAGUACGACGACUAAAAGAAACCCCCAGACAGCCCCACGCCCCUCUCCUCUCCACCUCCUCUUUGCUUUUUAACUUCAGACAUCCGACCGCGACUGUCUUUGUGACGAGCAAAACCUUCAGGACUCUUAUUUAUCGCCAGGCCCAAACUUUUAGCGCCGCGUUUUUCGGUUUGUGGUGGAGCUUUGUUAACAUUCAGAGUCUAAUUUUGAUCUUUUUUUAUUUUUUAUCUGUGGAGAAUCUGCAGAAAAUUUGCGGGGAAUUCUGAUUCCGUGUGGCCCAUAGACUGUUAAAGCAACACUAGAGAACUGUUUGUACCUUAAAAUAAUGUUUCCAGUAUCGUCUCCGUGGUUCAUCAACUCGUAAUAGCGUGAACGGCACUUCUGCAUUCGCCUCGCGGCUCUCUACCGGCUGUAACCGGCUAUAACCGCACUAUGUAAGUCUGCCAGAUCGGGUAGCAGAUCUGUAGUUCCAUAGCCUAGAAAUCUAGACCACCCUAGCGGCAGCAAAUUUAUUUUGA